AUGAGCCAAAUGAAACAUUCAAUUGAUAUACAGUGCGGUCUUCGUCAAGGACUAGUCAGUGAUAAGGUUUCAACUUCGAUGACACCAUGUCCUUCGAUUACGUCUUCACUAAAAGAAGAAAGUGACUUUUCACAACCUGUCUGUUCUAAAAAGGCUGACCAUUUUCGCCAAGUGAUACAAACAUGUAGAGCAUUAUUACAAAAACAAGGUGUGCAUUCUACUAUGAGUAUGACUGCAGCUGGAUUCAAUUAUACGGGCAACGGAGACACAGUCCAUUGUGAUACUUGUGAACUAGAAGUGUCGGAAUGGACAUUAUAUAUGAAGCCAUUUACUAUUCAUGCACAACGUAGCCCCAAAUGUGCAUUUGUUCGUUCUCUGAUGCCCAAUGGAAUAGCUCCUGCACCAUCAAAGAUGAAUCUACUUGCAACGACUUCAGCGUUAAUGGAUGAUGAAAAGCCAUCUAAACGUCAGAAAAAUGAAGCUACAGAAGAAAUUACUCAGCCAUAUAGACUCCUCAAAAUUGACAUACUUAAACAGAUACGAAAACGAACUUUUUCAAAUUGGCCACAUAAAACUUCACCCUCAAAUGAUGAUUUUGUCAGUGAUUCUGAUCUUCUAGUGGCUUGUAUGAUUCUUCAAAAACACAUUGAACAUAUUAAUGGAAAAAAAGAAAAUAUUAUCAUUCCGAAUGUAAAAGUAAACCAGAUUCAUGAACGAGAACAAGCAAAGCUUCGUAGUUCAACUAAUAUAUUAUCGAGAACUCAGUCUCAUAAUCUUUUAGGAAACAUGACUCAUGAAAUAUCAUUAACGAAUUCUCGAAAUAACACCGUUGCUGAAAUGACAACCUCAUCACAGCAUAUCAGAAGAGCAAUGAAUGUGAACGAUCAACAAGUUGCACCACAACCGUCAUCAAGUCUUUGUACUGUAUGUUUGAAAGAAGAGAAGCGUCUUGUCUGCGUACCUUGUGGUCAUUUAGUUAUGUAUUCUUUGUGGUCAUUAUCUUCAAUUAUGUCCGAUAUGUAA